CAUUUUAGAAGAGCAAGUGCAGAACAGGUGGGGGUGUGUAUGUUUUUAUUCGUUGAUUGUAGUUGCUUGAGUAAUUGGUAGAGUGAAAGGGAGGUAUCACAUAGGAUAAACGUUGUCACGGUUUUGAUGUAAUAGUGUGCAGUUUUGUUUGAAACAGAAUUUUCUGUAUAGUAUUUAUUUCCUGUAACAUGGAUUUCUUAUACGAGAAAAAUGCGUCGUUUGAAACGGAGAAAAUUUACUUGUCAAGAUACUUUCAAGAAUUCCGAUUAUCACUGGAGACCGUGCCAAACACUGUAACCAUUACAAAAAAGAAACGCAAGAAGAAAAACCCCAAUGAACAUAGUCUCAUUGGUAGAAAGAUUACUCCGGAGGAGCAUAAAGAGCUCGCGGAGAGGUGCAGUAUUUCAAAAUUAAAGGUUCCUGGUGAACCAGAGCAAAUACCUGAUGUGUAUUUAAAUGGCAUGUGGUACUUGAAUGAAACUUGUGCAGUUCCAAGUGGGUGUAAUUUGCGGACGCCAAAGUUUCUGAAUGAAAGAAAGCUAUCACGGAAUCUCCCAUAUUCCAACAGAAUUUUUCAUACUAAACCAACACCUGAGGAUGAUCUUCGAUCUUAUGAUGAUAUUGUAGCUGUUGUACAUGUUUAUGAGCCAUUCAAACAUACUGACACCAGACAUGGAAGAGGUAUAUUUGCUGAAAUACAGCUCCUUGGGAAGCAAACUUUGGCUGACCUCAGAGACAGGAUAAUCUGUCCAAAGGAUCUCGAAUGCCCUGGUGAUGUCAGUGAGAGUGCUGUAGCAGCUCAGGGAAAAAAAGGAAAGGAUAUACUCCCUUCAAGUUUUAUUUUUAUUGAGGAUGUCUUCUAUAAUGACAAAAGGACACCUGGUAAUAUUGAUUACAGUUCCGAAAUAAGAACUUGGGCUGAGUCACAAGGAGUAAGCCUAGCAUCACUGGAAACUAAGAGCAUGGAAAAGACAAAAGUAACAGAUCUAUGUCUAAGAUUUGGUCGUCCAUAUGUUUUUGUGCACAUGGGCAACUGUGAGCAUCUCGUAGUCUUCCGCACUGCAAGACUACUGCAUGAAACUGACUGCCUACAGUCAGCAAAGUAUCCACUCUAUACAUCUUUAUUCAGGAGGCAGUGUAAAACAUGCAUGAUGUGCCAGAAAAUUACUGCAAAAUGGCUUGUCCGGGAAUGCGAUCGUCUGGUGUAUGAUACAACCUACCUCUGUAUUACUUGUUUUGAAUCUUUUCUUUACCUAAGUGGCAAUAAAGUUGGAGACUUCAAGGCAUAUGUUUAUGUUGAUAGAGCAUCCAUUCUGGCUUGACAGUGCUGCAUGAAUAUGGUAAUAGGUGUCACUGUGUUGUUCCUUGUAAUUUUCACAGAAUUUGGAAUGUUCUUUUGUGUAAGUUAUAAAAUAUGAGUUAGUGUUGGAAAAACUAGUAACUGAAACAGUUCAGAUUUCAGAUAUUAUAAGAAGAAUCCAUCAUAUGUAUACAUUGUUUGUCAGAUGUGGCUGUGAAGCUUGCAACUAAGCAAUCAUAAGAUUGGGUUGUGUCUGCUGCCAUAUGAUAUCAGUCAUCUGCAGAUAAGUGUUAUUGGCUGAUUGUAAACUUAAUGUGACUACACUUUCAAAUAUGGAGUGUACCUUUGGAACUGUUGCUUUUUCCUUCAUUUUAGUAUAAUGUACUUUACAGAAAAGUUACGGAAAAAACACUGUACAAUGAACUUACUGUUGGAGUAUUUUUCAUUUUCUUGUAAAUAAUGUAAAACCAUAUUAUGCUCAUAAAAUAAACUGAAAUUGUCUGUGAA